AUGUCGGAGAGAGAUCUAAUACAUAGAGAAGAUAGCGGGCUUCUGUGGUUGGAAAGAAAACUAGAAGUCCUUGGGAGACCAUCGGUUUGGUUAAUAAUUGCAUGGAGGUUGGUAAAUGCUUUCACUAUUAACACGUUUUUCCAAGCUGAUGAAUAUUGGCAGGCAUUGGAACCUGCCCAUGCAAUGGUAUUUGGAUAUGGGUAUUUGACAUGGGAAUGGAAACUUGGGCUCAGGUCGUUUUUGCAUCCUUUACUUUAUGUUGUGCCUUAUAAAUUUGUGGAUUAUUUCAACCUUGACUAUACAUAUCUCCUAGCUGCACCUAAAGUUGUGAACGCAUUGGUAGCAAUAAUAGGUGACUAUUAUCUUUAUGAUUUAAUCAGGUUGAAGUUUAGGAAUGAGAAAUUGGCUGUGUUGGUCUGUUAUCUAAGUCUGUUUUCUGCUUGGAAUUGGUUUUGCUGGUGUAGAUCAUUUGCAAAUUCACUUGAAUUAACAACAACCAUUGUCUCGCUAUACUACCUUUAUGCCAACAAUAUUCUCAUUGCACUAAUUACUGCAGCAUUAACAUGCCUUAUCAGGCCCACUAGUGCUAUAAUUUGGUUAAUUGUUUUACCCAGAAUCUUUUGGAAGAAUCCCAAGCAUAUAAUCACUGCCCUAGUCAUAGGAACCCUAGUAUGUUCAUUGGAUUUCCUUGUGAACUACUGGUUUUACAGAAAAGCAAAAUUUCCAUUGUUGAGCUUCUUCAGAUUUAAUGUGGCAGACAGUUUAUCGUCGUUUUAUGGUGUUUCCCGGCUAGACUUCUAUUUUUUACAAGCUAUCCCAGUUAUAACGUUGAACUACUUGCCAUUCUUUCUGUACGGAAUUGCGAAAACAUCUUGGUCGGACACUAAAUUUCUACUAUUGUGUUACAUCCUGAUUUUUAGCUUGAUCCCUCACAAGGAGUUCAGGUUUAUUUACCCACUCAUGCCCUUUAUUCUAACCUAUGUGGCAUAUGGUCUAUUUAAUAUUGCUAUUAAGGUUCGGGAAAGAACAAUGAAAAUUCUUAUAUUAAUCAGUGUCAUUAUAUCAGCUCAUCUUGCCUACUACUUCACACAAUACCAUGAAAUGGGAGAGUUAAAAUUACCUACGGUAAUCAGAAAUAAAGUUCUAGAGGCACACUGUGAUGAACCACUCAGUGUGGGAUUCCUAACUCCGUGCCAUUCAACUCCUUUCCAAUCGCAUAUCCAUUUGCCUAGCAGAGUAGUCAAUGUCUGGUUUCUAACUUGCGAACCGCCACUACCUCAUAACAUAAAGCCAGGUAUUACUUUGGAAUCGUACAUGGAUGAAUCAGAUUACUUUUAUGAAAACCCAUUGGCUUUUAUUAAAGCUAACUUUCCCUCCAUUGUUCAUCCAAACAUCUCUCCUCCACGUUCGCAAUGGCCACAUCAAUGGCCGCACUAUAUUGUGAUGUACAGUUCGCUUUGGGAGAGCAAUGAUGAUGUGAGGAAUUUUCUAGGGCAAUACUAUGGAAUCAAUGAAGCAUUGUGGAAUGCUGCAGGCCAUUGGGAUCCGCGUAGAGAAGGUCAUUUAUUAUUGUUAAAACUCUUAUGA